AUGGCCACAUAUCGCAAGAUACAGGCGCUGCAGUUCGAGUGGGCAUUGCAGCAUCCAUCUCGCAGUCGGCAUUUGCAACCCCAGUUCCCUAGGAGGAAACACAACUUGAGUUGGAUAGUCCAGGUCGUCAAAACGAUGCUUAUGAGCAAACCCUUCUCCGUUCUCCCGCUGCAUGUGACGCUGCUCGACCCGCAAGCACAGUCCGUAUGGACCUCUCUCCCACUCCCUAUUCCAGGGGGGUGCGUCGUCCGCUCCCCUCUGCCCCUCGAAUCGGACGAUAUGGGCAAGAUGUUCGACACCCUCGACACAGACUUCCGGGAUCGAAUGCUCUCCAAGUCCCUCCUCCUCCAAAAACACAAGAAACACACAUGCAGCAUCUGUCAUUCCCCCGUCUCCCUCUCUCCGCUAACGAGCGCCAUCUGCCCGUCCGGAUCGUGCAAUUCUAUAGCGCACCUGCUCUGCCUCGGACGGGAGUUUGCUCGUUCUGAGGGAGAGGGGCUCCUCCCCCGACAGGGAGUGUGUAAUGCUUGUGGGGAAAAGAUGUUGUGGGGUGAUGUGGUGAGGGGGUGUUAUCAUCGGCUGCGAGCGGUGUCUGUCCGGGUAGAAGAGGGAAAGGAGGAGGGGGAGGGGGAGGGGGAGGAAGAGGUAGAGGAAGAGGGGUCAGGGACCAGGAAGGGGAAGAAAGCGCGGACUAGCAGGACGAGUACGAGUACGAGGACGUCCACGACCAAGCAGGCCGCUCGAGGCCGGAAAACGAAGGAACGAACACGAUCUGAGCCCAAGUCCAAGAGCAAGGGGACGUCCGAGUCCAAAUCAGAGUCCAGGUCCGAAUCCAAGAGCAAGUCCAAGUCCAAGUCCGAGCCCAAUCCCGAGGGAGCAACUGUCUCAACCCUCUCCAAGCGGAAGAAGUCGCCCAAACCCAGCGACGGGGGCGAGCCUAAUACUAAUCCUACGACCUUGGCUACGGCUAUGUCUACGGCUGGAACUGAAGCUAUAGCUGGAGUGGAACACCCACAUACCCUGCCUGUUCAACCUUUGGAGGAGGUGUGUGCGAAACGGGGAAGGGGCCGACCGAGGAAGGCGCUUGCUCUUGCCUAGAAGACCUCGCGUGGUGCGAGAGAAGGGAAGACUGGGAGGUUGUGACGGGUUGCACAUGUGAUGAAC